AUGCUGACCACCGCUCUCACUCUGUUCAGAAAACGCCGGCGAGUGCUGAAAAACAACGAGCGCCUAGCGCACGCCACGAAAGACGGCAAGCCGCCGCCAGAAGACGUGCAAGACCAAGGCUUCACCCGUCCCUCCGUGCUGCUCCUCACCCCCUUCCGCGCGCACGCGCUCGCCUGGAUCCGCGCCCUCACCGCGCACACCCCCGUCCCGGCCUACCAGGUCGAGAACCUGGCCCGCUUCCUGAAAGAGUUCGACCUGCCCGAGGGCGCCGUGGACAAGCUCGCGAGCGCGGCGCCGGGGACGUACCCCGCGGACCACGUCGAGAUGUUCCGGGGGAACGUCGACGAUAAUUUCAGGGUGGGCGUGAAGGUGACGAGGAAGAGCGUGAGGCUGUUCGCCGAGUUUUACGGGUGCGACCUGAUCGUGGCGAGCCCGCUCGGGCUCCGGAUGUCGAUCGAGAAGGAAAAGAGCGCCGACUUCUUGUCGUCCAUCGAGAUCCUCGUCGUGGACCAGAUGGACGCGCUCACGAUGCAAAAUUGGGAUCACGUCCAGUUCGUCCUCGGUCAUAUGAACAAGAUGCCCAAAGAGUCGCACGACGCCGACUUUUCGCGCAUCAAGCCGUGGUACCUCGACGGGCACGCCGCCUAUCUCCGCCAGUCCAUCCUGCUCUCGCCGUACGAGACCCCGGAGAUGCGGCGGCUGUAUAACGCCGAGCUGAAGAACGUCGCGGGUAAAGGAAGGACGGAGCGGCGGUGGGCGCCGGUCCCGGUCCCGGCGGGGCUCGAAAGGAGCGUGCGAUUCGUUCGUUUCGAGGCGGGCGGGCCGGAGGACGAGCUGACUUUCUCGAUAUUUUGGUCGCAGAUGCUGCCGGCGAUAUUGAAGUCGGCGGUGCAGAGCGCGAACACGGCCGUGUUCGUGCCCUCGUCGUUCGACUUCAUCCGCGUUCAAAACCACUUUAGGAAGAACGUCGGCGUGUCGUUCGCCGUCCUGUCCGAAUACUCCUCCAACCAGGACAUCUCCCGCGCCCGCCAGUCCUUCUUCGCCGGCACGUCCGCCUUCCUCCUGAUCUCCGAGCGUUUCCACUUCUUCCGGCGGUACAAGAUCCGCGGGAUCCGCAAUCUCGUCUUCUACGGCCUGCCCGACCACGCGCAGUUCUACACCGAGCUGCUCUCCUUCCCGUUCCUCGACGAGGGCGUCGACGCGGCCGACGUGACGUGCCAGGUGCUGUAUUCGCGCUAUGACUGGAUGCGGCUCGAGCGCGUCGCGGGUACGGAGGGCGCGCUCGAGCUCGUGCAGGGGUCGUAG